UUGGACUUCAAUUUUUGGCCAAAAAAACAAUCGGAAAUAAUUUGAGUUUGCACUAAAAUAAAUACUUCAGAAAAUAUGUAGUUUUUUAGCCAAGAAGUAUGGGUUUCGCUGACACGCGUUUUGGAAGGUACAUGAACCCUCCAGCCAAAAAAGGCAAAUCUUACAGUCCAACCCAACAUGAGCAGAUUGCCAACUGUUUCACACAUGCUUUGUUCAUAAUACCAGCCAUGGCUGCCACAUCUCUUUUAUUGCAUUUAUCGACAACAUCUUUACAUACGUUUGUUGCCUGGCUCUAUGGCGUUGGCAUGGUCAGCUUGUUCGCUAUAUCAUCCUUGUUCCAUGCUGUCUGUCUGUCAAAUAGAUUCUCCAACUUACGCUGGUUUCUUCACCUUGGUGAUCGCUUCAUCAUAUAUGCUUUCAUAGCAGCAUCGUACAUGCCAUGGUUAUUGCUUCAGGAUGUGGGAUAUGUUGGUGAGACAGUCACCUGGUUGUUGUGGUCCGCAGCUGCCCUGGGCACUGUGUAUACCUUCCUCUUUUAUGAAAAGUAUAAAAUGGUUGAAACUAUAUUGUACCUCAUUGUUGGCAUCUGUCCCUCAUUUUCCCUUUAUUUUGCUCGUGAGUCGAAAGGUAUGAUGGAAUUGGCAAUUGGUGGUGCUAUCCUUGUUUCGGGCAUACCCUUAUUUAAAAGUGACGGGCGCAUACCUUUUGCGCAUGCGAUAUGGCAUCUGUUUGUUGUCUGCGGGACUGCCUGUCAAUUCUACGCGGUCAUUAUAUACUUGUAUACAUAGCCUUGGCAAUUAACUGAGGAUCGCGACCAUCCAGUUACAAUACGGCGACAACAGUCCUGCGUCAAUCAUAUGUGGGCUGAUUGAUGCCUGGGUUCUACUUAGUUGUGAUUGUCGCGAACAAUUCAUUUUCACCGAUGAGAAAUAGUUUUAAUGUAAAGUUUGUCUUUAUUUCUGAAUUCAAAUCAGUCAUUGUGGACUGAAAACAAAAGGAGACACUCUAUCACAUCAGCCACCUUGACAUGUUCACGACAAUUCACAAUUAAAUGCAAACCAGGCCUAUCUAAAAAGGAAGUUAAAAUGACCAGCCUUUGGGAGGAUUUUAAGCUAUAUAAAGUGUCCCAUCAUGAAUGAUUGAUAAUUAAAAUGUAAUAUUUGGGGAUCAAUGCUUUUCUCGGGGUUUCCUCUUAUCUCAGUCUGAAAGACUUGUUUUCUUGUCUAUUAAAUCAU